CGUAUUACACAUACCCAACGCAUUCUAGUUCGGUUCUAGGUACAGGGGCAGUAAGACAUAAAGAGCGGCAUCCUGCCUCGUGGCACCCCUUCGUAGGUGAUCUGCCCCUACACCAACAUGGAGCCUUCAACAAACUCCAUCUCCCUCUCCUGCCACUGUGGUCAUGCCCGGCAGACGGUCACUCCACGGUGCACAGGCAACCUCUUCUCAGACUUGUCGUUCUGUCAUUGUGACACGUGCCGCUACACGACAGGCCUGCUCUGCACUUCUUAUGUCCCCAUUGCCUCGACUCCUCGUCCAAACUUUUCCGGGCUGCUGGGCUACUGGACAGGACCGCUGUCGGCGAGAUACUUCUGCCAAACAUGCGGAUGCCAUGUCUUCCGGGCCAAACGCCCUUCUGAAUUUGCCUUGGAGGAUGAGUGGGAGUGGGAGGUAGCCACGGGCGUCAUCAUCGAUGCUCCGGAGGAGCCCGACAACAAUCCCCAGCCGAAAAACUGGCGUCACGCCCACGCCGAGGACACCAGAGACGGCGGUUUGUCUGUCUGGAUGCCACAUACUGACAACACUCUCGCAUUUUCUUCCCUCAGUACCGCGGACACACACAAGACAGGACCAGAGACUGAGGUAGACCACGACACCCCACUGCUCGCCUCGUGUCAUUGCACCGCCAUCACGCUCUCCAUCACACGCCCUCGCCCCUUUUCCCCGGACAACCCUGGCUCCCCCUUCCCGGAUCUGCUCCUGCCAUACUGCAGCACCCCCUCGGCGACAAUCGCCAACCCUUCCAAUGUGAAAUGGUACCUCCGCGACCCCAACCCAAGCCUACUCGAGGCAGAGGGAAGAAGGCACCACAGAUACCUGGCCGGAACCUGCGCCUGCCCAAGCUGCAGACAGACCUCCGGGUUCGAAAUCCAGACCUGGGCCUUCAUUCCGCGGCGGAAUAUCUCGAUCCGGCACCACGAAGCAGGCUUACAGUCCUCAACCUCAGCCCCAGGCUCAACUUCCCCGGUGUAUACAUACAUCCCGCUAGACUUCGGCUCUCACCCCUCGUCAUCGCACUCCACCACAACCGCCACCCCGCAUCCACAUCUCAAAGCCUAUGAGUCCUCACCGAGCAAGUAUCGCAACUUCUGCGGGCAGUGCGGGGCCACCGUCUUUUGGCACGACGACGAGCGCCCGGAUCUGAUCGAUGUCAGCGCGGGGCUUUUCCGUUCCCUCAGUAGCGGUGGCAGUGGCACCGGGGAAGGUGCGAGGGCGGAAGGCUGGCUGGAAUGGUGGACGGGGCGGGUCAGUUUCUCCGAGCAGGCAGGUAAAGGGCGAUCCGGGGCAGCAAAGGCUUUCGGGGAGGGUGUGGUCAAGUGGUUGGAGGCUGGGUUUGGUUCACCGGCAGCUGCUUAGGAGGUGGUGAUCAAGAUGAAUAAGGAGGUCCGCGGAGUCACGAGGGAGCAGCAGGAGUAAAGUGUUAAGGUGAUAGAGACGCGAAUUAUGCGUGAAUAGUCCAUCAAGAUAGGCAUUUUGGGCCGUGAGGCUGCAAAAUCUAUGUUGGACAUGAAAAAUAAACGAGAUGAAU